CUCUUUCACUGCGCAUGCGCAGUAAGUGCUGACACAGCUUCUGGUCCAACUUGUCACAUGACGAGGGGAAAGUCUGGCUCCGGAUGGCCAGAAACGUCUUCUUUCUACUCUAAAUUUUACCAAUGGCAGAGUUAUCAAGCUGACAUGGCAGGCUGAGCUUGUAAUAACCAUGUCGCGCCACGCUCCUCGCUCGUCAGUGUUCACCUUUCAGUCUGCAGUGCACAGUGCUCAUGUUCUCCAGUGUCUAAAUGAGCAGAGGCAGCAAGACAUCCUGUGUGAUGUGACGGUGGUGGUGGGGAACAGAAGUUUUCGGGCACAUUGCUCUGUCUUGGCUUCCUGCAGCGACUACUUUCACAGCCGGGUUACCAGUGUGACCACACAGAAUCCCAUCAUCACCCUGUCAGAUGAGGUGACCGCUGAGGGUUUUGAACCUUUGCUUCAAUUUGCCUACACAUCAAAGCUGCCAUUCACCAAAGAAAACAUUCAUGCCAUUCACAGCAGUGCUGAGUUUUUGGGAUUUCAUAACUUGGAGUCAGCUUGCUUUGAUUUUCUCAUCCCAAAGUUUUCUGAGGGCAAAAGAACCUCACAGGAGGUCAGGCGUAGAGCCUGUUGUCGGAGCCGGGAUGCCAGUGCCAGCUUUGGCUCCAGUAUAGAGAGCAGCCAACCAAAAUCAUUUGAGUCACACAGCUCAGUGCUUUCAAGAGGUGAUGAACAAAGAGACUUCCCAUCACAGUGUCCCCAGCCCUCACAGGGUCCGACAGACAGCAGGGAAGAACACUUCUGUUUGGAGAACUGCGGCCCACAAAUGGCCCCCUUAUCUCUGGAGUUAUCUGCAAAUGGUGUGUGUCCCAUGUUGUCUUUGUCAUGCCCAGACUCCAACAAAGCAGAUCAUCCCUCGCAGUUCUGCGAAAGAGACAUUUUAGAGAUGGGAGAUGUGUGUAAUCAGAGUGAGUUGAGUUUGGCAGACUGUGGCUUACCCUGUGAGCUGUCAACCCCAGGGGAUAUGAAUCCGCCAGAAGUCAUUGAUCCAGCCAGUGGCGAUGUUAAACAGACUGUAGAGACACUUGGUGCUGAAACAAACUGUAACCCCCGUUCGUGUCCACUCAACACAUCAGGAGCUGGAGACUGCAGUGAGUUAUUAAAUGAGACUGAGGUUGGCCUUGAACAAAGGAUGGCAGGUGAUCUCUCAGACCCUACACUAACUGCCCUAAGCCACGAAGAGGGAUUUGGGGAGAGGAGCAGCGUGGAGAGAGAGGUGGCUGAACAUCUGGCAAAGGGAUUUUGGCCUGAUCUAUGCCCAUCUCAGGCUCAACCCCUCCCCCUGGAUCCCAUGGACCAAAACAAUCUGGCAAAAGCAUCAGACUUUCAUUGGCUGAAGCAGCUGGACCUGAGUUCCAGUGUAGGAGACUGUCCCUUCCUCAAGGACCUUGACGCAGGUGAUGACCCGGCACCACGCACUGACAGCCUGUCCCAGUCAGAGAAGAGCCCCUACAUGUCUUCCUCGCUCAACUCUGGGGAAGACUCAGAUCUGGACACAGAUGGAGACACUGAGGCCAAUAACAAAAGGGCCGCAGAGAUUCAGCUCCCAUUCCCAGUGGACCAGAUCGCCACACUGAGCCGGAGUGCCUUCCAGCAGCUCCUGAGACACCAUCACCUGACCCAAGAUCAGCUGGAGUUUGUCCACGACGUCCGCCGACGAAGUAAAAACCGUGAUGCCGCACAGCGCUGCCGUAAGAGAAAACUAGACAGCAUACAGCAACUAGAAUGUGAAAUCAAAAGAUUGAAAUCUGAGAAAGAACGGCUGCUGCAGGAGCAAACUGAGCUGGAGCAUAACCUGGAGGAGACACGGCAGAGUCUGGGCGGGUUAUGUAAGAGUGUCAACAUCGAGUCGGGCUCUGAUCAGGACCACUUGCAACUUCUUGCCAAGCUCUCCUCAUCAGACUUGUCCUUCUCUUCCACUAGCUUUGUGGGUAAAGAUGAGGAAGCACAGAUUUCUAUUGAAAUGGUAAGUUCUUCUUCAGAGUGUGACCCAAGCAAGUCACAUACAGGCUCGGUUCAAACUGCUACGCCAGAGGCCGGUACACAAACAGAGGAGGCUGGUUCUCCACAGAGUUGCCCUGAUUCUGCAUCUCUGCUCAAUUCCUGUCUGGAUGUAAACAAUGUACUGUAAUCCCCUUUUGGGAUAAAUAUGCUUUCCUGUGUAUUUCACUGAAUGACUUUCUGGCUGAUAUCUGUAUGUUAAACUGACAUAGACGUAUGUCAGAAUUCCUUCGCUGUAUUUCUAAUAUGCAUUUCACUGUAGUAAACACAGAAUCCAGGAUUCAUCAUUUUAAAGGUGCAGACAAUUUUCAGGUAAUUCUUAAAAUCUUUCCAUUUGUAAAUUAUGAGGACGCUUCUUAAAAUUGAGUUUGUUUUUCUCAGGGAAACUCAUAACCCGACUGUGUUUUGAUGGCCAAAAUUAUUCUCACUGCACACCCACCCCACAAUAAGGUUUUCCUUUCAUUUUAGGCUUAUUUGUCUCUCAUUAUAUUCUUCACACAUACUGUAUUAUUUCAUUAUGCUGUUUCUUUGAUUAAAUAUGCACAGCACUAACAUAACUUUUAACUUUAACAGUAGAUAAUGAGGUAUUAUUACAGCUAACACAAGUUCUCAACAGCAUAAUUUGAAUGCCAGUGAAUAGUUGGAAUGUAUGUUUGAGACGGACUGGAAUGGUUCCAGCAUGUCUGAAAGUGUUACAGGGGAACAUAAGAAGUUAUGUUAUUUGCUGCAAAACGUGCCUUAUGCAGUAGUCUAGUAUGAAUAGAGACAGAUAAAGGCAAUCUUUGUAUAUUCUUGUCUCAUGCACUGUUGCACAUUAACCCAGAGCCCAUUUUGAUGGCAUUCUCUCAUACGUUUAGGUCUGUCUUCAUGUUGAGUAUUUUUUUAUUAAAUGCUUUCAGCGAUUACAGAUUUAAAUAAACAACUUUUUGUUACCAA